AGGACUAAUGGCUAAUAGUUUAAACAGUGACUACCGUUUCCUAUUUAAACAUACAGUAUAGCAUAAUUUCAGUUUAUAUACUGCAUAUAUAUAUAUAUAUACUGAUCAGAUACUUACUUAUCCCGACCACUACCGGAUCUGUCCAUAACAUUUAUUUUAGCACACAUUUGUUGCUUUAAAAAAAAUAAUAGUUUUAUUACUAUUGUUUCCUUAAAUAAAUUAUUAGUAGCUAUGUCUCUUGAAAAAUGCAUUGUUGAUCCGUUGGCCACCGGUAAUAAUACCGUUCAUUUGUAUCAUCCGACGUAUGAAUUGGACUUUGAAAUCAAGAUCACUGCCAUCGGGCCCAACAACUAUAGAAAUGAUGUGCCUCUGACCGAUGGAUGUGGUUAUGGCAUAUUUGUUGGCCAUUUCGAUGAUAAAGAUGUCGACUUUGAAAUCGGUUUUAUUAAUCAUUUGCAUCAUCGGGACAUACAGAUUGGCUUAUCGUACGGUUUGGACGAAGAGCGCGUCUAUUACAUGCCGUCUAAGCGAAAGUAUGGACGACUGCAGGCUUUGCAAACGUUUGGCAGACAAUUGCGAUUUUUAAGUCCAAACUCUCCGGCCGGACAGGAAAUGGUACGCAAAACGGCCGAAAAACACGGUACAAGUCUGGCCGAGGCUGCUGUACUCUGUUCGGCCGUACAUUUUAAUGUCAAAGUUGAAUACAAAGUACAAGUAAAGCCUGUGUUGAACAAUGGCUAUGACGACGAAAUGGGAGCACUGGGAUGCCUACCGACAGACGCCAAUUCGGCUUUUAGCGACCAAGAGUUGUCCAAUGCUGACGGUCUGAAUAUUGGCCAACGCGGUGUUGUCGGCUUUGGCGGCCUAACUAAUCAGGUGCUCCCGAUAUAUAACAAACGGUUUGUUGAGGAGCAUCGCAUUGAAAUCAAACCGUUUUGUAUCGAAAUGAGACUUAAUCCGUGAUUUUGUUUUUUGUUACAAAAUUAUAAUUAAUAGUAUUACUGAAU